UUCGCUCACUUUCUAAUGUAUUUUUACUAAUUUUGCAGCCGAACUUCACGAAAAUCAUUGAGAACUGUAACCUGUGGCGCAAUUUCGACGACAUCCAAGACUCGUGGGCCAGCCUGGAGUCGAUUAUCGACUACUACGGCAAUAAUCAGGACAACAUAAUUCCAAACGCCGGUCCCGGCCAUUGGAAUGACCCUGACAUGUUGAUAAUCGGCAAUUUCGGACUGAGCUACGAGCAGAGCAAGGUGCAGAUGGCGAUGUGGGCGAUUUUGGCCGCUCCACUCCUGAUGUCAGUCGACCUGCGCUCCAUUCGGCCCGAGUACAAGGCCAUCCUCCAGAACAAGAAAAUCAUCGCCGUCGACCAGGAUCCCCUCGGCAUUCAGGGCAGGCGGAUAUACAAGGAUUUAUAUGAAGACGUAGACUAUGGCGUUCUUACACCGCAGACGAAGAUCAAAGUAAAAGUCAAUCCAUCGGGAGUCGUUAUUCUGAGAGCAGACGUCCAACCGAUUCCUUACAGACAACAAUCAACACCUUACAACCCAUUCAGGCAAAUAUUUCGACCGACAACUGUAUCACCCAACUCUUUCAAAUAAAACAUCCGAAAGUCUGCAUUGAUUCGAAACAUUGAAACAUUUCAAGAGCAAAGUGAAGAACAAUUAGAACCUAGACAGAUAGUAAGAAUAGGAUGAAAGAGAAUGCGUGAGGUAAUAUCCGGUUACAAAAAAUAAUAGUAAUCUAUAAAAAAUAUUAGACUAUAGCUAUUAUUUUUAGUGAAAAAAAAGUAAAACUUCAAUAGUGAUUGUUUAAUAAUAAUUUUAUAUUGCAGUCUAGAAUUUAGAUAUCUAUUCUCAUCUGUAAUUUUGCUUUUAAUUUCUCACUCAAAUUUAAUAGAACAAUGUUGUAAUUUUGUACAGCUAUGAAAGUGAAUUUAUGAAAGGGAACGGAGUGAAUUUUUAACUAUUAUUUAUUACCUUAUGUAUAUAAAUAAGUUUAGCGACCGAACUAGAUUAUUUUGUAACUGAGCCAUGAAUCUUUUUUGGCUUCUGAUACUUAUUCGAAGAUAACUGUCAUAGGUUUUCAAUAUAAAUUAGAAUUUAAAAGUUAGUUGACCUGGUCUGAGUAUAAGAACUUCAUAAGGAAAUAAUACCCUGUAAAUAUCUAUCCAUCUCUUCUUCUAAUUAUUUUUAUGUUUCUUGAGUCUGUAAUCCAAUAAUUGAUAGAUCCUAAAUCCUUUUGAUGCAAUAACAUUUCAAAUUUUCAUCGAACUUUAUUGAAAUUUCAACAGUCCUUUGAGACCUGGAGCGUAUUAAUUCGUUUUCAAAAUAUAUCUCUAUCCCUCCUUCAAACAGUGGAUGAACCCAUUGAAUUGUGAUCAAUGAUAUGAAACAGAAAAUCGAAUUGAAAUAUGAAACAACAAUCGAUAGAAUUGAUGGAGAGAUCAAUAAUCAUUAUUUAUUGUAAGAAAAAGCAUAUUUUAGUGACUUCCAGUCCCAUGUGAGUUGCAUGUCUUGUAUCUAUUAGAUUAAUUAUUUUGUUUAUAAUUUAGAAAUUUUCUAUCAUUGAUGCAUAUUCUUUUCUUGAAAUACAUAAUUUUGUGAUAAUUUAUAAAUCUUAAAAUCUUAUAACAAUCCUUACAUUAUUUUGCACCAAAAUUCUCAUUGUAAUAUCAUUUUUUUGAUGUUCUUAUAGUGAUUUAUAAUAUUAUCAUUAUAAUUCUAUUAAAACGAUGAUUUCCUCCGAUUCUUUGAGAAAAACAAAUAUUUUAUGAUGAUCGAAUUAUCAAAUAUAAUUUAUGAACAAAAUCCAUAUUAAAAUGAGUACUGUAUUAGAAAUAUAGGAAUAGUUAUAAAAUUCAAAAUAUACCUUAUGUAGAAAUAGUCUACAUAGCAGAUUAUUAUAGCACCACUUCAAAUUUUAGCUGUACUACACACCUGUUCUAUUUUGAACUCUUGUACAAUUCUACAAAGUAAUCUGUAAUAAUUUUUGUGAAUAUAAUAAGAUUGUGUAAAAUAUUAGAUUUUUCAUUGUGAACAAAUAAAUCAAUUCAUGGUUUUGUAA